GAAGAGUGGUUUGUCAAAUUUUGCAUAGACAGAAUAUAUCCUUGAAAACUCGUAUUUUGUGUCCUCUUCCAUCCAGAACCAUGGCAACUGAAAGUUUACAAGAGUUGGAUAAAACACAAGUGGAAUUGCUGAAAGAAGAGUGCAUAUUACUUGAUGAAAAUGAUAAAGUCAUUGGAUCAGAGUCCAAAAAAUAUUGUCAUUUGAUGGAAAAUAUUAAUAAAGGUGUGGCAUUGCACCGAGCAUUUAGUGUGUUUUUGUUCAAUCCUGAAGGACAGUUAUUACUCCAGCAAAGAUCUGAUGUUAAAAUUACUUUCCCAGGUUUUUGGACUAAUUCAUGCUGUAGUCAUCCACUGAGCGUGCCCUCUGAAUUGGAUGAAACCGAUAACAUUGGUGUGAAAAGAGCCGCUCAAAGAAAACUUUAUCAGGAACUGGGCAUUAAGUCUGAACAGGUUCCAUUAGAUGAGUUAGAUUACCUAACGAGAAUUCUGUAUAAAGCACCUUCGGAUGGAAAAUGGGGCGAGCAUGAAAUUGACUACAUUUUAUUCAUCAAGAAAAAAGUAGACCUCGAACUAAAUGCGAAUGAAGUACAAGCACAUCGCUAUAUCACGAUGCAAGAACUGAAAAAUUUUAUGUCCGAAGCUGAGAAGAAUGGUACCAAGAUAACCCCAUGGUUUAAAGCAAUUGUUGACAACUUUCUUUAUAAAUGGUGGGAAAACAUUGAUAAUUUACAGCAAUUUAGAGAUUAUAAUCAUAUUCAUAGAAUGUGAUGAUGUCAUAUGCUCCUCACACUGUGCUAAUACCCUCCAGAUUCAGUUAUUCUUAAACGACCAUAUUUGGUGAUCAUGAAUCCAUUGUAUUUAGUAUGUGUACCAUGCAUUUUCGUUAUUUAAGACCAAAACCCACUUGUUUAAUUUAGAUCCAUACUGCAGAAGUUUCAAUCAUUUAAAAAAGCUUUUGACAGGCGACUUUGUCGGAAGAUGUAUACUGACCAGUGAUCGGGGGUUCUUUGGUUUGCGUCUUUUGACCUUCUUUGAACAAUAUUUUCACACAUGUGUAAUUUAUCAUAAUAAUUGUGAUUUAAAAAAUCACUGCUGUAAUAUUCUGGACCAUGCUGUGAUCUAAAACUUGACAAAAACAGUUUGACCUAACUUGAUGCGAGUUAUUCCCAGCAUCCAAUCUUUGCUUCGAAUCAUUACAAAUCACACGUGUGCUUUUUUUCAACCAAAUCAUGAUUAGUCAAAAGUCAUUGUACGAGUAUAUAAAUUUGCAUAGUUCACAUAUCAA